AUGCUAGCACGUAGUUCUGGUCUCGCUCCCGUACAGAUCUUUCAAGACAAUGCUACUGAAGAAAGGGCAGAAAAUGCUCGUCUUUCCGCAUUUGUUGGUGCUAUUGCUGUAGGUGAUCUCGUCAAGAGCACUCUUGGACCCAAGGGCAUGGACAAGAUUCUUCAGUCUGUUAGUAACCACAAAGAUGUCAUGGUUACUAACGAUGGUGCUACUAUUCUCAAAUCAAUUGCACUUGACAAUGCUGCUGCUAAAGUUCUUGUUAACAUUUCCAAGGUUCAAGAUGACGAAGUUGGUGAUGGAACCACUUCUGUGUGUGUUCUUGCUGCUGAACUUUUGCGAGAAGGUGAAAAGCUUGUCAACCAAAAGAUUCAUCCUCAAACUAUCAUCGAUGGAUACCGUAUUGCAUCAGCCACUGCACACAAGGCUCUUGAGGCAUCUGCUAUUGAUCACAGCAAAGACGCACAGCUUUUCCGAGAGGAUUUAAUCAAUAUUGCCAAGACCACUCUUAGUUCCAAGGUUUUAUCACAAGACAAAGAGUAUUUUGCUAAACUUGCAGUUGAUGCAGUUCUUCGUCUAAAGGGAAGCACCAACCUUGACCACAUUCAAAUUAUUAAGAAGCACGGUGGAAAGCUGACCGAUUCUUACCUUGAUGAAGGGUUCAUUUUGGACAAAAAGAUUGGUGUUAACCAGCCCAAGCGUAUUGAGAAUGCCAAGAUCCUUAUUGCCAACACUCCUAUGGAUACUGACAAGAUCAAGAUCUUUGGUGCUCGUGUUCGCGUCGACGCUACAGGAAAGCUAGCUGAACUCGAGCGUGCCGAGCGUGAGAAAAUGAAGACCAAAGUAGACAAGAUCAAGGCACACGGAAUCAACUGCUUUGUCAACAGACAGCUUAUUUACAAUUGGCCUGAACAACUGUUUGCAGAUAGUGGAAUCGCUGCUAUUGAGCACGCUGAUUUUGAUGGAAUUGAACGGCUUGCUCUUGUUACAGGUGGAGAAAUAGCAUCCACUUUUGAUCAUCCCAAUCUUGUUCGUCUUGGACACUGUGAUUUAAUCGAGGAGAUUAUUAUUGGAGAAGAUAGACUGAUCAAGUUUUCUGGUGUUGCUGCUGGUGAAGCAUGCACGGUUGUUCUUCGUGGCGCUACCAACCAGCUGCUUGACGAGGCUGAGCGCUCCUUGCACGAUGCCCUGUGUGUUCUUUCCCAAACCAUUCAGGAACCUCGUACUGUUCUUGGCGGCGGUUGCUCUGAAAUGCUCAUGGCCAAGGCUGUCGAAGAUAUUGGAGCAGUCACUCCAGGAAAGCAGGCCAUUGCUAUCGAAUCAUUUGCUCGUGCUCUUCGUCAGCUUCCCAUGAUUCUUGCAGACAAUGCUGGCUACGAUAGUGCCGAUCUUGUUUCAAAACUUCGUGCUUCUCAUGCCAAUGGAAAGGCUACCUCUGGACUUGAUAUGUACAACGGUGCUGUUGCAGAUGUGCGUGCUCUUGGCAUUACUGAGUCGUUUAAACUUAAGAGGCAAGUUCUCUUGUCUGCUUCGGAAGCCGCUGAGAUGAUCUUGCGAGUAGAUAACAUCAUUCGCUGUGCUCCACGCCAGCGUAAUCGCGAAUAAGAAUAGCAAAAAUGAAUCUAUUGAUAUGUAGCUUGAUAUA